GUUGCGUUUAAGCAUGUGUGUAAAAACCAGCUCCCCGCCGCGACCACUGGAUUCCUUUCCUCUCAUCUUUUGAAGACACCGUUUGAUUUAAACCAAAGUGGCGCACAGACCAGCCUCGUGCGUAAAACCCUCCGUGCGUCCCCCGGUACCGGACACACCGUCCCACACACUCAUUUAGUCACAGCCCCCCCCCAUGACAGCGAGGCGGGUUCCGUUAGAAGGAAAUGAUGGAGAAGGAAAGUUUCUGACGACUGUCUUGUUUUGUUGGUGCUGCUCUGCUCUCAGGAAAAAGAAACUGGAGAUUCAUUUCUUUUUUUCGCUCGUCCUCCUCAUUACGCACGGAUUACUGGACAUCUGGACAACCUGUAUAUGGAUUUGGGAUUAUUAAGGUCUCCGACACUGAAAUGUCUCAGGAUUGGAAAUGCAGCUCCACGCCUGCCUGUUGCUUUUUAUUAUCACAACAGAUAUAACAGUGGCCUUGCUGCAGCCCCACUGUGGUGGAGAUGUCAGCCUGGACAAACAGCCUGCUGGUCACAUCAAUCUCACUUUACCUGGACUUUCUUCUGACACCACCAACACACCCGACCCCGUGAACCACCAGUCUGACAGAACCCCAAAUAUUUCAGUUUGCACCUGGACGUUAGCUGUUCCUGCGGGUCGGACGGUUCUUUUAAAGUCGGUGUGGUUGGAUGGGGGUUCGAGCGUAGUUGUGCGUUGUGUUUUGAACGAGGAGGAUAAGGUCUUGGAGAGCGGGGCGACGGCUCUGCUCUCCCACUGUGACGAAAACAAAGCCACCUUCACAUGGACAGGAGAAGGACUCUCCUCAAAUGUUAUUCAGCUGUCCUAUUAUGUCCAGGAAGAUGAGAGGAAUUCCUCGGAGGACCACACCAGCCCACAUUCAGACCAAGACCUCCUGCGUUGGUCUCAGACAGGAACCAGCUUUACAAGCACUGCUCCUGUUGGUCAAGACGUGGUGAGAGGGACAGACAGGGUCAGAGGUCGCCGCUUUGAAGGUCUGGAGUUGAGCUCCGGGUCUCAGUCUGCAUCUAGCCCCUCCUCUCAUGACCCGGGCCCACUGCACCCCACCUCACCCCUGCAGGGACUCUCUGUGGCUGGCAGAGCCGAUAGGGAAACUCUCCCUCUUCCUGAGGAAGAACCGAACAAUGGAGCGGAUACAUCUGGAGCUGCUCACCUCGCCGAUGGAGAAAUGUCUGCCAGUGAGAGAACACACCCCUAUUUUCAGCCUACAGACUCGCUGUUUCACACAUCGCACACGGCAAAAAAAACAAGCGACCAGCGCCCUCAAACCCAGAUGGCAGCGACACAUGCGACAGCCACCAGCUCCAGCACUUUGCUUGGCACAUAUAUUCACAAAUACACAGCCACUCAGACAUCUAAGCUGUCUACAAACACACCAGCUGGCUCCAGCUCCAGAGUCCAACCUCUCAACUCUACUUCGCCCUCAAACACAACCUGGGAGGGUGAUACAGUCCUAAUCCCACGUGAUGGAGCUGUUAGUGGGGCUUCUAAAGAGGAACUCCCCCAUUCCUGGAGGAGCCACCGGAGCACAGACGGACUUAUCUCUGAUCUGACCUCCGCCUUCACCUCUGAUCCUGUUAAAUCCCCCACCGAACCUCAGCAUGGUGACUCACACACUGAUACUGAACCCACUGCUUCAUCACAAUCAUCCUCACAGGCCUCCAAUGGGACUCAGUUAUCCACCACCCACAUGGCAAAGCUUGAAGCCACUGUUGGUGCCACGGAGGUUGUUUCGUUUCAUCCAAGCACGAGUGGAACUGACUCAUCAGCUGCGUCAGGCGUUACCGGUCAAACUGCUUCGUUCUCGUCCUCUGAUGAACUUGAGAUGCUUCCCACUUUCACUUCCUCCACACAGAGUGAAACAAGUUCUCCGCAAAGCACAGAGGGCCUCGCUCGCUCGCCACCUCCUGACACGUCCUCCCCGUUCACACAGACGAGCAAAGACGAGACACACACGACACGCACGACAUUGCAGAGUAAGCACAGACAUUUUGCCGACACUGCCAUCACAGAAGUUGAUGACCAGACUUUGAGUUUCACAGGUUCUUCUUCUACACCUCUAACGUUGGGAGAUUUGGUCCAGACUUCAGCUCCCUCUGGAACGACUACUGACACUGAAACAUACACACUUAGUCCCACUUACACCCCCUUACAUGACAGCUCGCCCACAAAUUCACAGACUCCUGUUCCUCCUCUGUCGUCCAGUACGUCCAUACACUCACCCACACCUUCAUACACACUCCAAACACACACUGCAUUACCUGGUCCUUCACAUUUAACUCACACAUCCCUUUCUUUGCCCUCCUCUACCACUGAAUCCUCUGCACACACACCACUCAUAGACCACAAAACCACAGCUCCGCCCUCUCAAACAAUCAAAUAUUCACACACACCUCAUACACAGAACCAGCUGCCUUUGACAUCUUCUACUAAACUCCCAGUUACGCUAAAACAGCCCCGCAACUACAUAACUACUGCACAAACAUCUCUGCUCUCACUCACAACUGCAAAAUCAGAUCAUGGACGUGGAGGUGGAGAGGAGGAGUCUUGGCAACGGUUACCAGGCAGCACAACCACACAAACUCCCACAGCCGGAGCUCCAUCCUGGACCCCACAUCCAAGCCAGGAGAACCGUUUAGCACUCACACCUUCUGUUUUAACCUCCGCUCGGAGCCCCACAACUAUUCAGACACCCAAGUUCUACAUCGUGCCCGACCAACCUUCAGCCAUCAAAGUGGAGUCGAUUGAGCUGCUGCUGCAGAUUGUUGUGGAAGAGUCCAGAUCGGCUUUUACUUCUGGUUUGGAGGAAGACACUGCUGCCUGGGUGGAGCCGUACCUUCAGAAAGCCCCCGGGUUCAGCAGGCUGAUGGGGGUCUGGAGCAGUGGCAAUGCAGUGCAGAGUCUGGUGGAGUUCAGAACCAGCGGGGCCCUUCGGUGGCUCGGCAAGACUGGACCCGCGUCACUGUUGGAACGAACAGGACUAGCUCAGGCUGCGUGGGAGGGGAGGAGCUUCAGAUCAUCCAAGAUCACCAACAUCACACUGGGAGGUCUGCAGGGUGAUGUGUGUGACUGGUUACUGCAGUGUCCAGCAGGCUACAAGUGUGUGUUUAACCCUGGCUCUUCAAACUAUAGCUGCUCUUCCGUCUGCCACUUUGACUACUGCCACCACCAUGGCAUCUGUACUCACCACUCGGGCGAACUCCCAGUUUGCCGCUGCCUUGUGGGAGAGGACUUCUGGUACAUGGGUCAGAGGUGUGACGUGAGGAUGACUCGAGCGCGGCUCGUGGGCGCGUGUCUUGCCAUCUUACUCGUCAUGGUCACAGUGAUUGGCGUUUUGGCCCUUGUGGCAGUGCGACGCUACCGAGCCCUUCUGAUCCAGGCCAAAGUGGAUCAGACCCGGAGCAGCUAUCGCAGGUUCAACCAUUUUGAUGAGCUGUCAGGACGUUUCUGGUUGCGUUCGUGGGCAGGAUCAGCAGACUCACUAGAUAAUCCUGCCUUUACACGCUCCGAUGAGUUACUGCACCUGCGGGCGCUCGACCGCCCCUGCUGUUACCACGACGACACGCUGUCGCUGGCCUCCACCUGCCCCAGCCACGGGACCCGCAUCAAUACAAUUUACCCACACAGCUCUCAGUACGGUUGGAGGGGAAGUGAGAUGAGCAUGGGCGACGGUGUGUUGGACUCGGGUAAAGCCAGUGACCUUUCUGUCUGUAGCUGGCCCGUGGAACCCAUUCAGUGGACUCCAUUCCCACUUCUGCAGCAACUGGCCUCCCACAGGACGCCCACAGUGAGGGUGUCCAGGCCACGGUCCUACUGUGAAGGCAUGGAGCUGGUAGACCUCGGGAAGAGCUGGACUGCUUGACAGAGAUAAAGAAGAAUCAAAUAAAAAGUUUGACACUGGUAUUUACAGCUCAUUCUUGCGUUGUAGUUCUCACAUGUUCCUGUUUUGUUGAUGAAAAAACUGUAAAAACAAUGAGUGUAAAUGUGUAUAUAAGUGUAUAUUUUGUUGUGAGAGUUUGCUACAUGUUCCAGUUUGACUCUAAAAUCUGUUACUUUUCCCUCUGAUAUACUGUAAAGAAAGAAAACAAAGAGUGUGUCUAAAUGUC